GAGGCUACGGAUGGAGCGCGAGUGGAGGGUGUUGCGCUCCGAGGGCCGCUUCGGCCGGACCCGGCGCCUGCUGGCUGCCGCCUCAUGGCUGCCGUGCGUGGCACUGGGGCUGGCGCUGGGCUCGGAGCCGCUGCUCACCGCGCUGCCUCCGCAUCACUGCCGCCCAGACCCUGCGCUGCUGCCCCCAGCGCUGCGCGCCCUGCGGGGACCCUCGCUGCUGGACGCCAGCGUGCCGCGCCUGGGGCCCGACGGGGGUCUGAGUCCCUGCCUGCUCCUGCGCUACUCGGAGCCCGGGCCCCGCGCCCGACCCAAUGGCACGCAACCCUGCACGCGAGGCUGGCACUAUGCGCUGCCUGCUGCUGGCCUGCUGAGUAGCCCUGUGACCCAGGUGGGACCUGCCCUCUGCCCUCGGCCCGCCACCCGCUCCCGCUCGGCUGCACUCCUAUUCCCCCCUCACAGACCCCCACUCACUCUUGUUCUUGGGCUGCCAAGGUGGGAAGUAGAGCGGGAAGGACGUCUGUGCUGCCCCCUCACCCUGGGACCCCACCCCGUUUCAGCCACGAUCUCUGCCCUACACCCUCCCUACUGCCUCUGGGCAGAGUGA